GUUAGAAACAACAACAAGCUAGGCAUCAUGAGGGUCCCAGAAAUACUGAUUUGGGCCGCUGUUCUCAUCCAGAAGAGAAGCAAGCCUGGGUUUACAAACGUCACUCUUUUCACUCUCACGUUUUGACUUUGACCGUGUCUGCACAUCAACGGCAGCUCAUGUGGGGAUGAACAUAAUGUUCAGGUCGUGGGGGAAUACGGCAUGGCCCAUUUCAGUGACACGGGCCAGAGCACAGGAAAGGAUUACUGCAUAUUCUUCAACUCGCAGUGGGCACGUCUACCUCAGGACCUCAAUAAGGCAUCACGCCUUCCGAUCUAUGACCUGACGACGUCGGUGCUGUGCUCCCCCUCGGACGUCCCGGACGGAGGCUUCCCAAAUCACAUCGCCAUGGUGAUGAGAGGCAACUGCACUUUCUAUGAAAAGGUCCGACUGGCCCAGAUCAACGGCGCAAAGGGCCUGCUCAUCGUGAGCAAGGACCGACUGACACCACCGGCAGGAAACAAGACCCAGUACGAGGAGAUUGAUAUCCCCGUCGCACUGCUCAGCUACUCUGAUAUGCUCGACAUAAGCAAGACCUUUGGCAAAGGAAGACUGGUCACCAUGUACGCACCCAGUGAGCCGGUGUUAGACUACAACAUGGUGAUCAUCUUUUUGAUGGCAGUAGGAACAGUGGCUGUUGGAGGUCACUGGGCCGGCAGCAGAGACACCAAGAAACGCUACAUGAAGCACAAGCGGGACGACGGGGCGGAGAAGCAGGACGAGGAGAUCGUGGACGUCACCCCCAUCAUGAUCUGCGUGUUUGUGGUCAUGUGCUGCAGCAUGCUGGUGCUACUCUACUUUUUCUACGACAGUCUGGCCAUUUGGGUCAUAGCCAUCUUCUGCGUGGCCUCCUCCGUCGGCCUCCACAGCUGUCUGUGGCCUUUCGUCAGGAGACUCCCGUUCUGCAAGUGCAGGGUCCCAGAAAACAACUUGCCGUACUUGCACAAGCGGCCACAGAUCCGCAUGCUGCUGCUGUCGGCCUUCUGCAUCGCCGUCAGCGUCACCUGGAUGGUGUUUCGCAACGAAGACCAGUGGGCGUGGGUGUUACAGGACGCCCUGGGGAUCGCCUUCUGCCUCUACAUGCUCAAAACAGUCAGACUCCCCACAUUUAAGGCUUGCACCUUAUUACUAUCAGUCCUGUUCUUUUAUGAUGUUUUCUUCGUAUUUAUUACACCCUUCUUGACAAAGAGCGGUGAGAGUAUAAUGAUGGAGGUAGCGGCUGGUCCCUCCGACUCCUACAAGCAUGAAAAGGUGGGCUACCGUGGUGUUGCCUAUUCCCAGCUCAAAAAGAGUAAAGAAGUCAAAGUUGACCGUAACCCUGUUUGUUUCCUCCAGCUUCCCAUGGUGCUCAAAGUGCCCCGGUUAAACUUCUCCCCCCUGUCUCUUUGUGACCGGCCCUUCUCCCUCCUGGGCUUCGGCGAUAUCUUAGUACCAGGUCUGCUGGUGGCGUACUGUCACCGGUUUGACAUCCUAACACAAUCCCCCAGGAUCUACUUCGUGGCCUGUACGAUCGCUUACGGCAUCGGCCUGCUGAUCACCUUCGUGGCUCUGGCCGUGAUGCAGAUGGGUCAGCCGGCCUUGCUCUACCUGGUGCCUUGCACUCUGCUCACCAGCCUCGCCGUAGCGCUGUGGCGCAGGGAGCUGCCCCAGUUCUGGACUGGAAGUGGAUUUGUGCCUCCCCUAGUGCUCGCUCCGAUCAACUGUACACAAACGGCAGCGCCGCAGUCGGAGGAUCACUUGACUAAACCGGACACACACAGCUCAGAAGAAGACUCGCCCCGUUACGCGCCUCAGGAGACGGCCCCGGCCAGGAAAGAUGAAGUGGAAAACAAAUUUAACUGAAAGGACGUCUAGUAGAGCAUUUUAAAUUUCACUUCAUGUAUUAUUUGUCGUUGAGUUUUUAUUUUUUUAUUUCCUGCAUUGUGUCUCAUCGGGCAUUUUAAGUACAGAUGUUUAUUUGCACUUGGUUUGAAGGGAAGAGAUCUGUGCUUUCUGAAGGGCCGGCUCUGGAUUGGACACACGAGAUCCGAGACAUUGAAACUAACAAACACCACAACGCCCUCCACUAGCAGUCUGUACCACCUCUUAAGGGAAUGGAAAGACACUUGUGGAAGAUACACAUGCUUUUAAAAACACUAAAUACUCCAACAACAGAGUUGAGGCUCUUGAGAGCCUUAAAGGACCAGUCACACUCGUGUUUAAGAACAGCUGCAAAUUAAAUGGUGUAAUAUAUCAAAAAGAAACAAGCUCAGGAUCAUUAGUGACAGAGUAGCACCAGCGUGUUCAGGCUAAAGUGUUUAGCUCGCACAGUGGUCGCCUCCUGGACCACGUAAACUUUGCCCUUUUUUGGUGCCAUUAUACCGGUGUUUUCCCUCUGUUACUCUAAGUUUUUUUUUAAUGACUGGGCAAAGCUAAUUUUUUUUUUUUACUGAAGCAUUUGUUGAAGUUUUCUCAUCUUCGUUUUGAUAUAUUUUCUUUUUCAUGCUAUAACUUUGAUUUGUAUCCUUUAUAUUGAACCAGUGUAUAACUUGGUGCGACCUUUAAAAUGUUGGGAUUGCCGUUUUGUUAUUCAUGUUGUCUUAAGAGUUGGUUUCAGCCUCUGUUGGGAGGUCACGUAGAACAUGUCACGUGUAAAAGUUGCUUUAAAAGUGCUGAACUCUAAAUGAUGCGGUGUUGUUUAAUGUACGAGUUGAGGAGCGAGUGACGGGUUGUUACCGAUGUUCCUAGAUUAGUUUGUAUGAAGCAUUUGCACAAUAUUUUUUAUUUCAUAGGCUGACAGAAGUUGUCGGUUCAUGUCUGUAUAUGUUUAUGUAUACGCAACGGGUUUAACGUCAAAGAAAUGGAAACCAUGGUUAUAUCAUAUAUUCAUCCUGCUUUUGUUAGGAAAGUCCACUUUGAGGGUUUCAUCUGAAUCACCAGAGGCCAGCAAGCACACUGCUCUGAGAGACAGACUUCUGAUUCUCAUCCAUCAUUGAUGCCAAUGAACCCAGUUCAACAUCCCUGUGUACCAGUUGGGGUCAAAUGGAAAAAGUUUAGAGUUGAAAUGAGAGCAGCGUCGUCGUCUGGUGUGCUUCUUCAACAGCCGUGUUCUCCAGGACAUGAUAUUCAUUUCACAAGUACGGUUUGUUGUCACCAAGUGGUUUUAAAAGCCUCUGUUGAGGAAUACAUAUAAAGAAACAUUGUAUAAGA